GUCUGUGUUCGUUGCCAUUUCCGUUUCCGGAACCGUCCGAUUCUGCCGGGAGCCGCUGAGAUACCGCACGUGUCCGGAGAUGGGGGCCUACCUGUCCCAGCCCAGCACCAGCAAGAGCUCCAGCGACGGCGGCAACCUGAGCCUCAGCUACGGCUACUCCGCCAUGCAGGGCUGGAGGGUGUCCAUGGAGGACGCCCAUAACUGUAUCCCCGAACUGGACGGUGACACGGCUAUGUUCUCCGUGUACGACGGACAUGGAGGUGAGGAAGUGGCGCUGUACUGUGCUAAAUAUCUGCCUGGCAUUAUCAAGGAGCAGAGGGCCUACAAGGAGGGGAAGCUGCAGAAGGCCCUGGAAGAUGCCUUCCUGGCUAUUGAUGAGAAGCUGACCCAAGAGAGCGUGAUUAAGGAACUGUCCCAGAUGGCCGGGCGUCCGAUAAAUGAUCAGGGCGAGAAGAAUAAAGUGGCCGAUGAGGACGAUGUGGAUAAUGAGGAAGCGGUCUUGCUGCAUGAAGAAGCCACCAUGACCAUUGAGGAACUUCUCACCCGUUAUGGCCAGAACUGCGCUAAAGGCUCACGGAACAAGACUUGUCUACAGAACGCUAAGUCUGACUCUGCGGAGAAACCCAAGGACGCCGUUCUUAAUGGAGAGCUGGAGUCUGAUAGUCAGUGUAAGAACGGAGAGCAGAAAAAGACUGGUGCCUCCUCUGGUGCCUCCUCUGGUACCUCCUCCCCAGAAGAAGGGAGUGGCAGUAGUUCCUCUGUCACAAAGUCGGGCGAGGAGGCUGUGCCGCCUUCCACUGGGGAUGCUGGCCCCUCCUGCUCCUCCCGCCCCGUGCAGCCGCAGAACACCGACAAGUCCAAGUUCUUUGAGGACAGUGAGGAGUCUGAGGCCGAAGAGGAUGAAGAGGACAGUGAGGAAUGCAGCGAGGAGGACUACAGCAGUGAGGAAGAGGAGGACAGCGAGGACGUGGAGGAUGCUGAGGCUGAAGAUGAAGAGGAAGAGGUGCUGCCCGGCAUGGAUGGGAAAGAGGAGCCCGGCUCGGACAGCGGUACCACGGCGGUGGUUGCUUUGAUCAGGGGUAAGCAGCUGAUUGUGGCCAAUGCUGGUGACUCUCGAUGUGUGGUGUCGGAGAAAGGGAAAGCCGUGGACAUGUCCUAUGAUCACAAACCAGAAGAUGAGCUGGAGCUAGCACGCAUUAAGAACGCAGGAGGCAAAGUUACUAUGGAUGGUCGCGUCAAUGGAGGACUGAACCUGUCCCGAGCCAUCGGUGAUCAUUUCUAUAAGCGGAACCGUAAUCUCCCCGCAGAGGAGCAGAUGAUCUCAGCGCUGCCGGACAUCAAAGUGCUCACCCUGAACGAGGAGCACGACUUCAUGGUCAUUGCCUGUGAUGGAAUCUGGAAUGUAAUGAGCAGCCAGGAGGUGGUGGACUUCAUACAGGAGAGGAUAAAGCAGGAGCCCGCCUCCCUGUCUUCUAUAGUGGAGGAGCUCCUGGAUCAGUGCCUGGCUCCGGACACCUCUGGGGAUGGUACGGGAUGUGACAACAUGACCUGCAUCAUUAUUCGCUUCCAGCCCUUCACACACGCCAGUCCUGAGGCCAGUAAGCGGAAACUGGACGAUGCAGAAACCGCCACUGAGAACUGCAAGGAUGGCAGCAAGAAGGCCAAGCGGGAUUAGCGCGCCGCGCGCCGCCAUCACUGAACUUUCACCUCUGCAGACUUUUACGAGUAUUAUCUUUUUUUUUUUUUUUCGUUUGGUUCCGAAAACCACUGUACAAAGUUAUUUGAGUUCUAGGGGUAGCUGGCGGGCGUUGCUCGUGUCUGGGGGGGGUGGUCUGAGCCCUGGGUGGGUAACAGUGUCGCUAAGGAUUUGUGUAUAAUUUUGUAAUCAUUCCAUGAACCCAGUUACCUUUUGGCCCCUGGAACCUGUGGACAAAUUUUAACAUGCCUUUUUAUAAAUCCGUGUGUGGCCUGGCUGACUCCCUGGACGUGUGGUGCACUAUGGGGGGGCCGGGGAGGACAGGCGGCACUUGCUGGCCACUGCGGGUGGGUGGAAGCUGCCAUGUAUACGUUCACUGACGAUUAAACAUAAUUCUCUCUGGA